AAUCAUUAAUCACUUUUCACUAAUACUCUAUAUGUCAUUUAGCGUUAUGUGGUGAUUGUUGUUAGUUUUAUUAACAAAUUUCGUCAAUAUUUCACAAAAUUAUUGUUUUGAGAGAAAUAUAUUUUUAUUGUACAUUAUUAAGAAGUGUUAAAAAUGUUACUGCGUUAUACUUAAAAUGACUGAAGCGACUAACAAAGCCGUCAAGAAAAUUGAAUUCGAACCAAUUUUACCCGAGUCGGGAAUUUUAUUUUACGAAGAAUGCCCAUCAGAGUAUGAAAUUGAGCGACCUAUAUUACUUCCAUUGAAAUCCCCAACUCAAAUACGUUUUGAAGUACUUCAACAAGAAGCCGUGCAAGUGUGGAAAGAAAGACAGAAGACGUCAAAGAAAAACUAGCAUAUGUCUUUGUUUUUGUGAUUGCAUUAUUAUAAUAAUAUAAUAUGGCAUACACGUUGUUUGUGGUCGAAAUAAUAUCGGCUUUUAUUUUAGCAGCUACCUUAUUAUAUAGAUAUGGGGAUUGUUAUAGAAAUCACAUAUUAGUUACAGUAUCUGUUCUAAUAGCAUGGUACUUCUCAUUUGUUAUCAUGUUUAUUCUUCCUUUGGAUAUAUCAUCGACUGUAUAUAGACAAUGUGAUAAUGGAACUCAUCCUGUCACUGCUGCUACAGUUACUGGGACUGGUAAUGGCUCUAUUUCAACACCCACCCCUGAUACUCAGUGUCAAAAGCCAUGGAGUUAUGUUCCAGAUAUUGUCUUUCCAAACCUUUGGAGGGUAGUUUAUUGGACUUCUCAAUGCUUAACUUGGCUUAUCAUGCCAAUGAUGCAAUCAUACAGCAAAGCUGGAGAUUUUACAGUGAAAGGGAAAUUGAAAUCGGCUUUAGUUGACAAUGCCAUUUACUAUGGCUCGUAUUUGUUUAUCUGUGGCAUACUUCUCAUUUAUAUUGCCCUUAAACCUGGUGUUUAUUUGGAUGGUCCAAAAAUCAAAGCCAUAGCAUCCUCUGCAAGCAACACUUGGGGCUUAUUCCUGUUGAUCCUACUUCUUGGGUACUCUUUAGUAGAAGUACCCAGGAAUUUAUGGAAUAAUUCCAAGAAAAAUUACACUUUGACCUAUAGCUAUUUCAAGGUAGCAAAAUUGAGUACAGACAAGUGUGAGGCUGAAGAAACAGUUGAUGAUAUAUUAGAGUGCUUAAAUUCUGUAACAGCCGCAGUAGGGCCCGGCCAUCCUUUACAUAGUCAUGUUGAGACUAUAGUACAAAAGUUGCCGAUUCAAUUAAGGGAUAAACUGAAUUCCAGAUCUCCCCCAGAAAGGCCUACACCACCUUCCCUGAAGUCUCUAGUCAAUUUACACAAAAAAACAAUAAAGGCCUUGCAUGUUUUACAACGAACGGAAACUCAAUGGGGUCUCAUGAUGGAACGUAUCUUUCAUUUAGAGGAUGUCGCAUCCAAUUCCCGCUCACCAGACAGGAGAUUCCAACACACAUUCCAUACUCCACGACCAAGACUACAGAGGAUAUUUUAUCCUCCUAUCAUUGAGUGGUACUGGGAAUGUUUCCUUCGUCAGUACUUCCUGAAGGCCAUGUUUGUAGUGACAUGCAUAUUGUCAGCCGCCGUUGUUUGGUCAGAGUUGACAUUCUUCUGUAAAAAACCUGUUCUCUCAAUAUUUGCUAACAUAGUGCUGGCAGCUAAAUCAACCUACAAUUAUGCUUGUAUUGUUUCCAUAUCAACCUUAGUUAUCGGUUAUAUGUUCUACUGUGCAUAUUCAACGGUACUCAAGAUUCGUCUCCUUAAUCUCUACUAUCUGGCUCCUCACCACCAGACCAACGAAUACAGCCUUAUAUUCUCUGGUAUGAUGGUCUGCAGACUCACUCCCGCCAUGUGCCUUAACUUCCUAAGUUUGGUGCAUAUGGACUCUCACGUCAUCAAAGAGAGGGUCAUGGAAACUUAUUACACUCAGAUCAUGGGUCACAUGGACGUACUCGGCAUUAUUGCUGAGGGAUUCAACAUAUACUUCCCGAUGCUGGUGGUGUUGCUGUGUCUUGCGACAUAUUUGUCGCUGGGAAGUCGCUUGUUGUCGCUGUGCGGCUUCCAACAGUUCGUGGGUGACGAUGAACUCACAACGGAUUUGGUCGAUGAGGGACGGGAAUUUGUUAAGAGAGAAAAACGCAAACGUCAACGUGCCGAAGAGUCCCUCGCCCGCCGCCGCGACUACAGCGAACGGUUCACGAACAGGAGGGAUGAAGAGCACGACAACGCCCGUACCGGGCUCCUCAACGACGUCGAUUCAGACUACUACGUGAGCCCCGACAGACACUCCUACCAGCGGGACACCUUCAGACCUGGCGUCGAGGACAUCGAACAACGGUUCGGCGAGAGCGCGCUGCCCUCCAUCAGGACGGAAUACGAAGGCCGAAGACGGGACAAGAUGACGAUGCCUCCUAAAGGAUUAUUCGACGAUGUGUAGGAUGUUUUCGCGCCGUGAGGAUGAACCGGUUCAUUGAAUUUGAAGAUGUAUAGGAUAUUCUCACCUUGUGAGGAUGAACUAGUUCUCUGAUGCUGUAUAGGUUUUUAAUGAAGGUAUACAGGCGGUUGCCUUCGUUGAGAUUAAAUAUGGCGUGAAGGAUGUGUGGCUUAUUGUUUAGUUUUACUAUAAUGAAACAAAAGAUAAUCUUUCCAAAUCUUAUGGAAAUAUAAAUAUGAUAGGUUACUUGAGCUGGUGAAAAUGUCUUUGUUGCUGUAAUUAACAAAAAAAAUGUAACAAAAUAGCUCGGUAUCUAUUAUAGUAAUUGUUUCUCGGUGUAUUUUUAAAAAUUACGUCAUAUUCUUUCCGUCGUCAGAAUAGUUUAGUUAAGUUCAUAAGUGCAUUAUUGUCAUUAGAAUAGUGUAAAUUGUAAAUAUAAGCUUUAGCACCCUUGUCCAAUAACAGAAGGUUCGCUUAACGUCUCGUUACCUUCUGUAAUAUAAGAAGUAAUUAGUUAAUUUGUUUUAAGAAGUACACUUUCGUGAACUAGGAUACAAAAAAAUUAAUAAGUGUAGCACUCGGGGACUGCCGCGGUGAAGCUAUUGCACAGCAUUUUGUAUUAAAUUAUGCAAUUGUAAUUAUUUAUUUAUGCACCAAUUUUUUUGCGAGUUUAAAUUUUAUCGCGGGCUCGAGCUUACUCGUGGACAAAAAGCCUCCAGCAUUGUGUGUAAAAGAGAUAGAAUCACUUGUGAGCAGGCAGCAGCUAGUAACACACACGUGUAGUCGCACGCACACAUACACCGCGCCGAGGUCGGCCGAACUGAAACGACGUCCGACGCUCGGUGUUAGCUUUAUUUUCCUUACGGAAUUCCUCGACUCGGUCGCCGAGCUCAAAGCCCUCGAUAAAAGCCAUGCAAUAGCUUAAAAACGUGUUUAGAUGCAGUAAGUGUUGUUAGUGAUGUAGUUAUCGUGAUUUUGUUUGUACAAAAUAUUUUGCUUUGGCAGUUAGUUUUUUUGUUUCAUAAUUUAUAAGUGUUUCGUUUUAAUAUGAUAUAUCAUUGCCAUAAUAACAAAUGAAUACCUUUAUUUAUAAUGAUCAUUACAAUCAUUUAACAAUUUUAAAAUUUAUUUUUUAUAGCAACACAAAGUUCAUGGAUAUGUUAAAAAUGAUAUAAAAGCAAGUAUUAUAUUAUGUUCUCAAGAAAUACGUUUUCAAUAUUAUUUUAUAUUUAAUGGAAAUAUUAAGAUAAUGACAAGUUUAUUAUUUGUGAUGGUUUAAUUCGCUCGAGUUUUAAAGAUAAUUGUAUAGACAAAAAAAUUAAUCGAUUAUACAUUUACUUAGAUAGUCUUUAUUUAAAAAUGUUAAAAUAUAUAUUAGUAGUAUCGACGAUCUAGUUGCAAUAUGUAAUAUAACAAUAUGCUUGGCUGUAUAGAAUCGGUGUAAAGUCAAUUUAUCGUAAUAGUCUUGAUUCAUUCCAUACACAGGUGCAAUUAUAUUAAAUAUAUCCUGACUUAA